ACUUCUCCUCCUUCACCUCAUUUUCCUUUCUCUUAUUUUCUCUAACUUAUUUUCGCUCCCCCUCUUUGCCAAUCUCUUUCCCCCAUCUCUCCGGCCUGAAUGAGUUGAAGUUCGAUAGAACGAUGGACAAUUCACCGGUAGUCUCGCGGACGCAACAACUUUGUUGAAAUAGUUGCAUGUGUGGUAUGUUCAGUUGUGGGUGUCAGAUGCGGUGAUAACGAUAGACGCGCUUGGAAUGCCUGCGAACAAGAUCGAUUGAAUGUUUACUCUGGAUCAGAAUGUCGUUGUCCAUCAUUUUGAGAUUUUGCACGAUAUGGAGUUUGCUAACGAGUUCCUUGUCAUACACCAAAGAAGUUACCAACUAUCGUUAUCAUACUGCAUCGACGGUAUCGAAUAGGUACGGAACAUCUCAGACGUUUGUGUCACCGAUUCGAGGAUGGAGUAAGAUGGAUGACUGGGCUAGUCGUGACUCGCAAAUAUCGACUCCAGCAAUUUAUAGGAGGAAUAUACAGGUUAGACCUUACGUAAGAAUAGCGAAAGUGGAACAACAACGAGAACAACCGGAUCCUUUAGUUACGAUUUCCGAAACUUUGGGCGCUUUAAACACCGUUGGCAAUUACAUUGUUAAUAUGACUAGAGGCGUGGAUAGCUCGAGUUAUCCAUCGAAAGAAUUACCAUCGGCAAUAUACACUAUCUCGAAAAACAUUCUAGGACGUAAUGUAACAGACAGUAUUGCACCGCUAGUUAGAGGAGUAGCAUUGCCUGUGCGACCUAUACCCGCUGACAGCUCGUCUGCCUCAUCCUCUCUCUCCUCCCCCAUCGCCACCUUUUCCUCUUCUACCGAAAUUAACCAGCACGACAGGGAAAAGGAGGCGGUGAUGAUAUCGUCCAUUGACUGCACUACUGCGAACGGUAAUCUUGGAAAGUGUCAAGAUUUGAGUAAUUGUCCUCAACUGUUGCUCGACUUAACCAAACUCAGACAGUCAUUGUGCUUCAAAAGUUUAUUCGUCCCGGGUGUCUGUUGCCCACUGACAGAUAAGAUUGACACUAACGGGACAAGCACGAUAGCCAGUAUAAUCGCAACAUCGGGGAUUGAUUCGGGUGUACAUCCUCCAUCAGUUCAACCAUCGAUACGUCCAACGAAACAUCAGUCCCCUAAACCGAUACCACUAUUCCCUGUCGUUGCACCUGCAACCACCAUUACGGUCACGACUACGCCAACAAAUCUUGUCGAUCUCCUAACAACAGAAUUCAUUCCAGUAUCCUCCUCUGUUGAUUUGCCCUUGAAUCAUUCAUACAGCUUACUUGGAUCUUCAACUACUAGCGCUAUCGAUAAUAAUUUCAUACACGACGACGAAGAAUGUGGAAUAAGAAAUUCGGGUAAAUAUCGAGUGGUAGGUGGAGAAGAAGCUCUUCCUGGUCGUUGGCCUUGGAUGGCAGCGAUAUUCUUGCAUGGUUCUAAACGUACGGAAUUUUGGUGCGGUGGAUCUCUGAUCGGAUCGCGGUAUAUUCUUACCGCUGCUCAUUGUACACGGGAUCACCGUCAACAGCAAUUUGCCGCGAGACAGUUCACUGUCCGUCUCGGUGACAUAGACCUUGAAAGAAACGACGAACCAUCUGCUCCAGAAACUUAUGCGGUCAAGCAAAUUCACGCACAUCCAAAAUUUUCGCGCGUUGGAUUUUACAAUGACAUCGCGGUUCUUGAACUUACUAGGAUCGUUCGAAAGUCUCCUUAUGUAAUACCGAUCUGUCUACCGCAAGCACAUUACAAAAACGAGCGAUUUGCCGGCGCUAGACCCACCGUUGUUGGAUGGGGUACCACUUACUACGGUGGAAAAGAAAGUACGGUACAACGACAAACAGUGCUUCCAGUAUGGAGGAACGAAGACUGCAACGCGGCUUAUUUUCAACCAAUCACCAGUAAUUUUCUAUGCGCUGGUUACAGUCAAGGUGGAAAAGAUGCAUGCCAAGGCGAUUCCGGUGGUCCGCUUAUGCUUAGGGCAGAUGGCAGGUGGAUUCAAAUCGGUAUCGUCUCUUUCGGUAACAAGUGUGGAGAACCCGGAUAUCCGGGAGUAUAUACACGUGUUACCCAAUAUAUAGACUGGAUUAAAACUAAUCUAAAUCGAGCAUGAGCAACUUUUCA